AUGUCAGAAACGUCUCCUGAAGUAGGUAAAAUAACGUCAACGAACCGAGCUUUGGGUGUGGGUGUGUGGUUGUGAGUGUGGGUGUGGGUAUGGGUAGGCGUGAGUGGGUGUGGGUGUGGGUGGGUGUGAGUGGGUGUGGAUCAAAAGAUGAAGAACAAGUACACACACCCACACACCUACACCCACACCCACACCCACACACCCACACCCACACACCUACACCCACACCCACACCCACACACCUACACCCACACCCACACCCACACACCUACACCCACACCCACACACCUACACCCACACCC